AUCAUCAUUAUGGCCCCAAAUACCGACCUGGCGACGCGAGCCCUUAUUGUAACUUUGAAGAGCCCUCUUGUGGGCAUGAAGACGGCCGAUGUCGCUGAAAAGACUGGCUGUUCUGUUCGACAAGUGCAGCGGAUCUACGCACGUGCGAUCGAACGCGGAUUCGAUCCCAACGAAAGGCCGCUAAUCCUCAAAGACGAAUGGCUCGAAGAUGCACCCCGUUCUGGCCGACCUUCUAAACAGACUUCUGAAGCUGUGGAGAUUGUUGUCGCCAAGGUACAACGCGACCGGCACGGGCGAGAGAAAACGUGCGCUGAUCUCGCUGGCGAACUCAGUCACAUGGGUCUGGAUAUCUCGGCAACUACAAUCUUGCGGAUAUCCAAGCGCCAUGGGUUUCGCAAAACGAAGCCGACGAGGAAGCCUGGAUUGACGAAAACAAUGAAGCGUGAGAGACUUGCAUGGUGUUUGGCACA